UUGCUGAGAGGCUACAAUCAUAGAAAUGUAGUUAUUUCGAAGCGAAUUUGCUGUUAGUAAAGUCUAGCUUAGUUGGACGAAAAUGGUCACUCGUUCGAGGUAUCCAGUUCCUGUUGUAGGAUAUCGUUUUGUGAAUAACAUCUGGGAAACACGAUCUGAAAGGAAGUUCAGUUGCAAGGAAUCCCAUCUCACUACACCUAUUGUCAAGUCAAGAAGGAACUUAUUACGACCGCUGUCAGUCUACGAGGCAUGGGGACCAGUACCUCGUCGUCAUUUCAAAGCACUGUUUAAUAAAUCCUCUGAUCGAACACUGCCUAAAGAUCCCCAAAAGACAGAUCCCUUGAGCCAGCUAAAGAGGGAAUCUGAGUCCUCAAGCUACUCAAGAGCAUAUCAUCUUCAAAACUUGCAUGACAGAGGUUAUGAAACAAAGGUGGUACCAACAAAUAAUGCACCAAUCGGGUCAUUAGGAAAUGAAAAUCAUCGUAGGAGGCAACAUUUCAUUAAAGGAGUUACCCCCGGAGGUUCAAUGGAAAACAGAAUGAUCUAUGGAACAGAUGAGCUCUUGAGACAGUCUCAAGAAAGACAGAAAGUAAAAAGCAAAGAAAAUCCUAUUGGAUUUAUGUAUGGCACAGAAGCUGCCACUAAUGUUGGCAAACCAAAGCCGUCCAGGAAACCAAACAAUGCUCUCUUACUGGAGGCAAAAACUUUUGAAGACCAAGCCUAUAAAAACAAGCAACUAGCAUUUGAUCAAGAUGAAUUCCUUGAAAAACAUAGGAAAGAAAAAAGGAAACAAUGGGAAGAAAUACAAACUGAAAAGAAAAGGGAUCUUGAAAUGUUACGAUCAUUUGAGCCAUGGGGUCGACCUGGAGGUGGGGCUCCCUUGUCUAAUACUGAUAAGUGGGAAACAAGACGUACCAAGUCUAUCAGAACACUGCAAGAUGAGGAGUCUGCUCCUUUUGGUACUAUGCAAAGAGGAGGUGGUGGUGCACCCAAGAGAACAGAAUCCGGAAAACCUAUAACUUCAAUGCGAGGAGAUCCAGAACUAAGAUUUCCAGUUUAUAGCCAGAGUGGUGAUAUAGACCCUAACUUGAGGUACAAAAAAGAUUCUGGGUAUCGCAGGGAUCUUGACAACUUUAUGGAUGAAGUAAAAGCAAGGAAAGAAAUUGAACGUCAACAAAGUUUUGAGAAAGAGCUGCAGCAUAUAAGCCAAGAUCCUUUCGGAAAGCCUGGUGGUGGUGCUCCAAUAAGAAAUGAUAAAGGUCAACUGAAGUCUUCCUUUCCCACGACUCUAUCAAAAGAUAUUGAGGAACUAAGACACGUUGAGUCUCGUCAUCCCCAUGCAUAUAAUGAUAUUAAAGAAAAAGAAUCUGAUUCACGGUUUCGACAUAAUGAAAGUUUUGAUCCGUGGGGUAAAGGCUAUGGUACUGCCUUAAGAGACAAGAAUGGUAGAGUCAUCAGACCAAACAAACCUGAUACAAAUGAUAUGGAUGGAAUUGGCAUGCUACUUGGAAGACCAGGAGCUGGUGCACCCAACAAAGAUCAAGAUGGAAAUAUCAGGACUAGGAAGGCACAAACACUGACUAGAACCACAUUUGGAGAUAAUUUUUCUCGUGACUUCAGCCCCAAAGGUGGCCGUGAUUCAUACAACCCCUUUGGUAAGCCUGGAGCAGGGGCACCAGUAAGAGACUCUGAUGGAAGAGUCAAAACCAGCAUCAUGGGGAAAGUGGAACAUGAAACCAGGGAGUAUUCACCAAACACCACCAGAAAUGAGUUAAUUGCCAAGCAGUCGUACUUGAAGACUCUUCAGGACAUGCAAGAACGGGCUCAUAUGCAAAGAAAGGCUGAAGACGCUGAACUCAGAAAGAGUGGUGAAGAUGUAGCAUCAUGGUUAAGAACUGGUGUUGUUGGUCAACCAAAGUUUGAUCCAGUAACCAAAGAGAUAGUAGCCGCACACAAGCAGACAUCUGAUGUAACACAACAGAAAUUAAACAUCCGACGUCAAAAGAAUGAACUUAGUGAACUCUAUCAUAGUGACUUGGAGGCACUUGCAAGAGAACGACAACAGCAGAGAGACAGAGAAAAAGAAUUUGAUAAGAAUACUUCUCAGAAGCAUGUGAACACUAUGAAUCACAUCUGGGGCCGUCCUGGUGGCGGAGCACCACUCACUCAAGGAGACAUGGUUAAUGCCAGAAAACAAAAAGUGGGACUAGCACCUGCUGAUGAACUUGGUUUCCGAUUGAUGUAGGAUUCUGUACCUGAGAAUAUUGUGUAUUCAUAGUAAAUCAAUAUACAAACAGUAAAGAUUCUAACACUUAUUCAUUCACAACAAAGAUUUUUAAUACAAUUGUCUUAAAUAUC